AAACAUCCAGAGAUAAAAGCGUUGAUGAAGCCAGACUACAACUUGAUCUGGGUGGUUGUGCUGAUGGUUCUUGCGCAGUUGACUGCGUUUUACCUAGUUAAAGACUUGGACUGGAAAUGGGUAAUCUUCUGGGCAUAUGUUUUUGGAAGCUGUAUUAGCCACUCCAUGACGCUGGCUAUUCAUGAGAUCUCUCACAACAGUGCCUUUGGCAACAGCAAAGCAAUGUGGAAUCGAUGGUUUGGAAUAUUUGCCAACCUCCCUCUUGGUCUCCCGUAUUCCAUAUCCUUCAAGAGAUACCACAUGGAUCAUCAUCGUUACUUAGGUGGUGACGGGAUUGAUGUGGACAUUCCUACCAACUUUGAAGGCUGGUUUUUCUGCACCCGUUUUAGGAAGUUCAUAUGGAUUGUUCUUCAGCCUUUUUUCUAUGCAAUUAGACCUCUCUGCAUUAAUCCCAAACCCAUUACUCGACUUGAAAUAAUCAAUUUGUUGGCUCAGCUUUCCUUUGAUGUCGUGAUAUAUUAUUUAUGGGGAGUCAAAUCCACUUUUUACAUGCUUGCUGGUUCAGUACUUGGACUUGGGUUGCACCCAAUUUCAGGACACUUCAUAGCUGAACAUUACAUGUUUUUAAAAGGACAUGAGACUUAUUCCUACUAUGGGCCGCUUAACUUGCUCACUUUUAAUGUUGGCUAUCACAAUGAACAUCAUGACUUUCCCAACAUUCCUGGCAAGAGCCUUCCAAUGGUGAAGAAAAUAGCAGCUGAAUACUACGACAACCUGCCUCAAUAUAACUCUUGGAUAAAAGUACUGUAUGACUUUGUGAUGGAUGACACAAUCAGCCCAUAUUCACGUAUGAAAAGGCAGUUAAAGGGUGAAGUGAAACAAGAUUAAACUUCUGGCAACCAAAACUUUGAAAUGUCUGCUUGCUUUAAAGUGGCUGGUAUAAAGUCUCCUGCUAUAAAGAUGUUCCCCAGUGUCCUGAAUUAAGAUCUACAGCAACAUAGCAAUGCAUCCUUAAGGAUUUUGUAGCAGACUCCUACCAGCUAUAACAUUCCUCACAGUCCUCAGAUUCAUUGGUUUAAUGUGUAUAUGUUUGCCUAAGGAUCAGUGUUACAUGCAUAAUGCUGAAUCACUCUGUUACAGAAUUUACUUUGGCAGGUGUUAAAUCUAUAUAAAAUAAUCUGUCUGACUCUGAAUAUUUUAGAAGUUCUCAGUGUAGUACACUGCCCACAACAUGCUAUUUAAAUGACUAUAGUGUUAAGAUGCCAUACUUAACCUGUUAAUUCUAAACGUACAUGAUUUGUUAACUUAAACCUUCCGUUGAACUUGUUUCAUAACUUAUGGGUAGAAGAACUAAAUUUGCACAGAAAUGUU